AUGGGUUUCCAUCAGAACCUGGAGGACGUGACCGAGGACCAGCUGAGCUUGGCACACUACAUUCACUACAUGCGCUCUCAUUACCAAGAGGCCAUUGAUAUCUACAAACGCAUCUUACUGCAGAACAGAGACUUUCUUGCCCUGAAUGUGUAUGUGGCUCUGUGUUACUAUAAACUGGAUUACUAUGACAUGUCACAGGAAGUGUUGGCUGUGUAUCUGCAGAGUAUUCCUGACUCUACCAUCGCCCUUGACCUCAAAGCCUGCAACCACUUCAAACUCUACAAUGGUAAAGCUGCUGAGACGGAGUUGAAGAACCUGAUAGAUAUCUCUUCCAGCUCGUUUCAGUUUGCUAAAGAGCUCAUUCAGCAUAAUCUGGUUGUGUUUCGUGGGGGUGAGGGGGCCUUGCAGGUUUUACCUCCUCUGAUUGACGUCAUAUCAGAGGCCAGACUCAAUCUUGUCAUCUACUAUCUCAGACAAGAUGACAUUCAGGAGGCCUACAAACUCAUCAAAGACCUUGAGCCCACCACACCCCAGGAAUAUAUUCUAAAGGGGGUGGUGAAUGCUGCUUUGGCACAAGAUAUUGGAUCGAGGGACCAUUUAAAAAUCGCCCAGCAGUUCUUCCAGUUGGUUGGAGUCAGUGAAUGCGACACAAUACCGGGCAGGCAGUGUAUGGCUUCUUGUUUCUUCCUGCUGAAACAGUUUGAGGAUGUGCUUAUAUAUCUCAACUCAGUCAAGAGUUACUUCUACAACGACGACACAUUCAACUUUAACCACGCUCAGGCCAAGGCUGCCCUUGGAAACUACAGGGAGGCUGAAGAGGUGUUCCUGCUCAUCCAGAAUGAGAAGAUCAAGAAUGAUUACGUUUACCUGAGCUGGUUGGCAUGCUGCUACAUCAUGAAUCAGAAGACUCGACAGGCCUGGGAGCUCUAUCUGAGACUGGAAACCUCAUCUGAUCCUUUCAGCCUCCUUCAGCUCAUCGCAAACGACUGCUACAAGAUGGGACAGUUCUGUUAUGCAGCUAGACUGGAUUAAAACCCUGAGUACUGGGAGGGGAAGCGUGGAGCAUGUGUCGGGAUCUUCCAGCUCAUUCUGGCAGGCCGAGAGUCCAGAGAGACACUGAAGGAGGUUUUGCCGAUGUUGAGGAGCACUGGCAACCCACAAGUUGAGUACAUCAUCCGCAUCAUGAAGAAAUGGGCCAAAGACAACAGAGUGGCUCUCUGAUCAUAUUUACAAAGGAGCUAACACACUGCAGUAGUUCUUCAUGGACAUUUAUGUUUUUGUAAAUGUUAUUAUUUAUUUUUUUUGUAUGGUAUCCUUAUGCUUGUUUAUCGGUCAACAAAAUAUGAGUACAACAGUUCAGAUGCAUCUUAGAAAAAAAAAACUCUCUUGUGCUCUUAUAUAGUUAAAAUAAAUGCAGCCACACUAUAA